UUUCAUCAAGAGAUUGUUUACAAAUGCAAUGCGUGAGUAUUUGUACGGUACACGGUGAUGUAAAAGCGUGAAUAAUUGUGUGUGUACAGACGCAGUAGCAGCAACCAGCAGCAACAGCAGCAGCAAUAGUAUCCACUCGUCAUUAAUUCGCAUCCGAUUGCUCAUUGAGGGAUGUGCACGUCACCGCGCAUUCCUCUCGUGCUCGUCGUCGCGCACGCCUCGACGCGAUAGCCCGCGAAGUCGCGCGCGGCGUACGUCGUAUACAACACCGUGACCCACUUGUUGCGUCUAGGUUAUGGUGUUAUAAACAAAAAUAUGCUGCGCACAGACGCAUUCAGUCGUAUGACUGUCCAUUCGUGAAUUAGUGCACGAAGCACAGGGCAUGGAGGCGGGCCCGGGGCUGAGCCUGUUCCAAGGCUCGGACAAUAUACAGCUGAACGGAGCGACACAGGAUCGCGAAGAGGAUGAGGAGCAGGAGGAUAUCAAACGGCGUGAGAAGGAGAUCCAAAAUCGCAUGGAAAAUGUAUUUGCUGAUCUGGAGAAUGAUAAUGAUGCCAGUUUUACCGAUAGUAAUUACUAUCAGGACAGUGUCAAAGAUACUGAUUGUACCAAUGCAAUGAUCAGCUGUAGCCUGCAAUUGGUUACACCUGCCAAAAAUCAGGCGGUAGCACAAUCGCAGAAUGAUUUUGGUGUUUAUAAUAGCGUGGAAAAUCUAAAUAAUUAUGAUCUUAAUGUGAUAACAAAUCACAGGUCAGAUGCAGAUUCUGACGCAGGUGUUGGUAGUAGUGGUGAUGCCGGGGGAAUGAUACAAACUGAUAUAACAUCUGAAUUUGGCUUAUAUAGACAAGCAGAGACUCCGUUUGUUAAUCAUAGAUUAAAUGACAACAAUACUAUGUUAGAAUCGCCGUACGAAUUGACAAAACCCUCGAGUACUGAGUAUACUCACAAGAUGUAUCAUAAGCAGGUUGAAGAAUGCACAUUCAGCGAAAAUUACCCCUACAACUAUGAAACACCAUCAAGUCACUAUAAUACACAUCCGAAGAAAUAUUCGAACAACGGUUUCGUGGAUAGAUAUCAGAAUAAUGUACAAAACAAACAAACUCACGAGUUCGGAGGAGGCGACAAUGCUACCUCAGAUCAUAUGAAUCACUGCUAUAAGACUAGCCCGAACGGCAGGCCAAUGGACGACAAUAUAGCGUACAAAACUGCUGAAUACAACAGUAAAGAGCAAUUGGAAGUAAUGUACAUGAUCAGGAUGAGAGAGAUUGAACGCUUGAAGGAGGAGCUACAGCAGUUGCAGAUGGAAAAAGAGGAUGAGAAAAAUCAGCUGGACAGAAAAUUGAUGCUAUUACAAACAGAGAUCAACAGAACAAACAUCUCCAAGAAUGAAGCGCAACAAGUGCUCGUUGAUGCCAAGGCUGACAUAGCUGAUCUGCAAAUACAAAUGGAAUCUCUGAAAGAAAGGAACGCAGUCUUGGAGAAGACGAAUCAAAAUGUGACAGAAGAAUUGAAUAUCGCGAGGAGUUCCGUUAUGGAUCUGCAACAGAAAAUUUCUAUACUGGAAAGAUCACAGGCGUUGCAGACGAAUGACAAGAUGCAUGAGAAGUUUUUGAAACAAGCCCAAGAAAAGCACGCGGUUGAAAUGAGAAAUAUGCAGACGCAAAUAGACGUUCUUACGGACAAGUUAAACGCCAAGCUGCAUAAUAUGGAUACCAGCAACGAUAGUAUUUGGGAAACGUCAUAUGUCGCCCUUGAGUAUAAAUUAGAUGAUGUACGAAGAGCGCACGAGACUCUUAUGGUGGAAAAAGGUGACACCAUGAAUCGAUUGACACAAGCAUUGGAGAAAAGUCAGGCUCAAUGCCGCAGUCUCAUGGCCACAAACAGUAUUCAGCAAGUGAUGCAAUUACAAGCGCAGGUGAAAAUGUUAAGCCAGGAAAAAGAAGAACUGCACAAGAACGUACAUGAGUUACAGAACAAACUGGAGGUGGCUAAGAACGAUGUGGCGCAAUGCGAUUCGUUGCUCGCUACAACUUUAGAAGACGAAUCUGACUCGAUUAGGCAGAUGAAAUUAGGUGAUCAUAAUAAAUCAAAAUCAAAACCCGCUGACGACAUCACGAAUAAAUUGCGAGGUGAAUUACAAAGGUGUGUAGCUAACCAAGUUUUAAAGAGAAAAGAGAUAAAUCGUCUGGAAAACACUUUGUCUCAACGAGAGAAAGAGCUAAAUAAAGUCACGACAGUGGCCGAUUCGUGUCGCCAGGAAGCGGCGCGGUACGCCAAACGAGUUAAUGAAUUAGAGCAAGAACUGAAGUCUGUAUUGACGGACCAGGCUGUAAAAGCGAAUGCUCAAAUACAAAAAUUGUCUGAUCACUUGAACGAUGUAAAGAAAAAGUAUGAAUUACUACACGAUGAGAAAAUUAGUGUAGAACAAAGAUUGGAGGAAGCUUUAGCUGUUAAUCAAGAGAAACUUAAAAAGUUGCAUCAAGAGACUAUGGAGCAACAAGAGAAGGAAACUGUUGAUGAGUAUAAUAAAGAAUACUUGGAGAUACAUGCUAAAACCGUAGAGAGAAUAAAGCAAGAUGCGCAAAUGGAGAUAGUACAAUUAUCUGUACAGUUAGAACAAAAGGAAAAGGAAUUAGACCAUGUAAAAACAUUGUACAUAGACGUUUGCGGAACAAAGGAGCAGUUAGUAAAUGAGCACAAGAACGAGAUCAAAGCAUUGAAAAGUAAAUACACUACGAUAGAAUCGUAUCAAAUGAAUGUAGAGAAAUUGGAGGGCGAACUGCAAACGCAAGUUAAACUGUGUAACAAAUUAACCAAGGAAUGCGAAUCUCUUAAAAGUAAAAUAAUUGAGCUGGAAAAAGAUCUAGCUUAUGAAAAAAGAAAGAAGGAGGAUCACACGAGAAAAAUACAUUCCGAAAUAGAGAGAGCGAAAGAAGAGGCGUUAAGUGAACUAAGAAAUGCACACUCGAAUCAAGAAAUAAAAUUUCAUCCGCUAGACCAUUGUUCUGAACACCUGGAGAAAAUCAAUCAACUGCAAGAAGAUUGCAAACGUUUGGAGGAGAAACUUCAAAUCAAUAUGCAGGAGCAAAAAAAAUUAUCCGAAUAUCAAAACGAAUUGGAUAAUGCUAAAUUGAAGAUAGCGCAGGUAGAAAUUUUGCAAGAGUCGUGGAAGAAAAAAUAUGAGAAUUCCGUCAGUGAGAGGAACGAUCUUUCAGCUAAAAUCUCUAAACAGGAUCUGGAAUUAUCGAAUCUGAAACGCACUGCAAAGUUGGAAGACUCAGAUGACGUGAAGUUGAAGAUUGCACGACUUCAAAUGGAGAACGAAACGCUGAAGAGUCGUUGCGACAAUCUGCUAGACGAGAAAAACACUUGUAGAGAGAAGAUCACCGAACUGGAAACAGAAUUGUCCACCACGAGAAAGGAAAUCAGCAGCCUAGAGGGUAGGAUACAAAAGAGCGGUGACAUCUCGGUGAAUUCAAAGAACGAAUUAGAGAAGGAGCUCUCUCAUUACAAGGAUUUAGUCGCACAAUUCUCCAGGCUGAGUAAUUCGAAGGAGAGGCGUAUAAAUGAAUCGGCACUGGAACAGAGGAUACAACAACUUGAGCAGGAUUUAUAUGACAAGAACGAGAAACUGAACAGGCUAAAGGAUUUCGAAAAAAUCAAAGUAUCCGAUGAGUUGAAUAUGUCACCUCGUAGCGCAACCGAUAGCACGGACUUUCAAAAGAUGAAAGAGACCAUGACAAAGGAAGUGCGAGAAGAAAUGGAACAAAAAGUAGUAAAAGAGCUGAGAGAGAUCGGAGACCAGCAUCUCGAGAAGAGAAAGGAAUUGGAACAAAAGUACAAAACUGUCGUACUAGAAUGGCAGACGAAAUAUAACGAGAAGAAUCAAGAGGCGGAUACUUUGCGGAAGGGUUUGAUAGAGAAAAAGAUGACAAUCGGCAAGAUUAGUGAAGUAAAUCAAAUUAUAAAAAACGAACUGGAGAUCCGCAAACGCGAGCUGCAGACGCGCCAGCUACAGAUCGAGAGUCUGAAAGAAGAUUUAAAACGAAAGGAGAAUGAAGUUGAAGAAGAAAAGAACAUGAUGGCUCAAAUGAUAACCAGAUGGGUCGAUGAAAUCAAGGAAAUUAAAGCUAAGGAAGCAGAGAUGAGUCAGGAGAUACAAAAUUUGAAAUCUAAGGAGGAAAAAUUAGACAAUGAAAUUAAAACGCUAAAAGAUAAAGAGAAAGAUAUGAAGAGUGAUGUAGAUCUAUGGAAACAUAAGUAUGAAGUAGCGAAGAAAACUGCGUAUAAUUAUAAGAAUUACGCGAAGCAGAAGAAGGAAUUUUUGUCGAAUGAAUGCAAACGUAUCGAGGAUGGAUACAAAAAGGCCAUGUAUCAAGUACAACAAAAAUGUCAGGCGCAGGAGGAACGAUACGUCGCGAAAGUUAAAGAACUUGAGUGUCAGUAUACAGAAAAAAUGGAACAAAUGCGACUUACACUAGUACAAAAAUAAAUGUUAAAGUACGUAUUAAGUAUUCUCUCAGUAUGCAAUAUAGCUUCUAUUUGGCAUUUAGAAACGAUUAAAAUAUAAUUACAGAGAGGCUAGGUAUUUUUUAAUUAAAAAAAUUAAUUAAAAAAAGCCCUUAAUUAAAAAAAAGCACUACAUUGUACAACACUAUUGUAGCGGAGAUUUUACGAUAGGGACCAACACACACGCGCGCGCGCGCGCACACACACACACACACACACA